AGCACCGGAAAAGGCUUGUCGGCUGUUGAAUGCUGGAGAGCCGCUAAGCUAUCGCAGAAUGAUGAUCAUCUCUGUCGGGUCUCUGUGUGAAACACACAGCUAUCCAGCGAGUUCAUGUUAAUUAUCCGAUGAGCUGGCAAAGCCAAAUUUCGUUUGUGAACCAAAAAAAGAUCCCUGGAACUUAUUUUUUAAUCCCGGAGAUCGUUUUUGUACUGUGGUGCGCCGUGGCGGUGUAACGAUAUAGCUAAGGCUAGCCGUCUCACUAACGUUAGCUGGCAAAACUAAACUUUCUUGUGAAAAAAUGUCAUCUUUUUUAUGGAGUGUGCGUCCGGCCGUGCUGUUGUGUCUGUGUGUGUGUGUUUUAGCUGAUACUGGAGACACUCCACUCCUGGAGGGCUGGCAGGACGUGUGGCUUUUCCGUUUUUUCCUCAACAUCCUCGGCUACUCCACCAUCGUCAUUCCGGGAUACUUUCUCAUCAGCUACUUCAAUCGGGUCAACUACCUGGAAACAGGGCGGGGUCUUUGUUUCCCUGUAAUAAAGACAUGCGUGUUUGGGAGUGACUCUAAGACCACACUGCUGGACGAUGCAUCUUCAGCAACCAGAAAUGAGGCAGAAUCCGCUUCAUCAGCACGGCAAGCCUUCAAACUCAUCUUCUGUGCUGCUGGACUGCAGGUGUCGUAUUUGACGUGGGGCGUCUUGCAGGAGCGAGUGAUGACCCGUUCAUACGGCGGCUCUGAGACGGAGGGUGGCGGAGAGCGCUUCAGGGACUCUCAGUUUCUGGUGUUUAUGAACCGCAUCCUGGCACUGACAGUGGCUGGACUGUGCUGUGUUCUGUUCAAGCAGCCGAGGCACGCGGCCCCCAUGUACAAAUACUCCUUUGCCUCCCUGUCCAACAUACUCAGCAGCUGGUGUCAGUACGAGGCCCUCAAAUACAUCAGCUUCCCCACACAGGUGUUGGCCAAAGCCUCCAAAGUCAUCCCUGUGAUGCUGAUGGGUAAGCUUGUGUCGCACAAGAGCUACGAGUACUGGGAGUAUUUCACAGCCGUGCUGAUCUCCGUGGGUGUCAGCAUGUUCCUCUUGUCCAGCUCCACCAACAAACAUCCAUCUACUGUCACCACCUUCUCUGGUGUCAUCAUCCUGGCUGGAUACAUAAUGUUCGACAGCUUCACCUCCAAUUGGCAGGACAACCUGUUCAAGCAUAAGAUGUCGUCAGUGCAGAUGAUGUUUGGAGUGAACCUGUUCUCCUGUCUCUUCACUGUGGGUUCUCUGCUGGAGCAGGGUGCGUUCUUUGACUCUCUGGCCUUUAUGUCCCGUCACUCAGAGUUUGCCUUCCACGCUGUGCUGCUGUCCAUCUGCUCUGCCUGCGGCCAGCUCUUCAUCUUCUACACCAUCUCCCAGUUCGGCGCCGCCGUCUUCACCAUCAUCAUGACCCUGCGGCAGGCCAUCGCCAUCCUGCUGUCCUGCUUCAUCUACGGCCACGCCAUCACCUUUGUGGGUGGCCUCGGGGUGGCCGUGGUCUUCCUUGCUCUUUUCCUCCGUAUUUACGCCCGCAGCCGCAUGAAGAAGGGCAGCAAGCGCACUGCCCAGCCGCCUGUUCAGAAGGUCUAGAUGAAGGACACUGGAAAACAAAUCUGUACGGAAAACCACAUUUUUAGUGGUUUGGCUUGUUUUGGGGUUUUUAU